CUGAAUAGGAGUUUUCUAGAACUUUUUCCCCCUUCUCCAAUCUUCUUGUUCUCAGUAUCGCAACCUUUUGUUUUGGUAUUUACGUUCAAUUAUCCAAUUCCAAACAAUUACUGCUGCUUUGAUCUUACAUGGCUGUAGUGAUGAUUCGAAGGACGGCCACCUCCGCCACCGUCAGGCUCACCCGAUACCCUCUACUCACCGCCAUUGAUGGCUCUUCGGCUUCGUGCGUCUCUCGCUCUCAGUCUCGCUUGCAUUCCUCCAUUGCUACUAGACCAGCUGUUUAUACGGGCUAUAUACCUUACUUUCUUCAUAGCGGUUCUAUCGGACACAACAGGAUUUCUUCAUCAUCGCCUCGUCUUUAUUCAACUGCUGCCAAUCCUUCCCAGUUCAACAAUAAGGAUUACACCGAGAUGGCAUGGGAAGGGAUUGUUGGUGCUGUAGAUGCAGCACGAGGAAGCAAACAACAAAUUGUAGAGUCUGAGCAUUUAAUGAAAGCCCUUUUGGAGCAAAAAGAUGGUUUGGCAAGAAGGAUACUUACAAAGGCUGGGUUAGACAACACAUCAGUUCUACAAGCCGUAGAUAAUUUUAUAGCUCAACAACCAAAGGUUACUGACACCAGUAGCCCUGUACUUGGGUCACAUUUAAGUUCUCUGUUGGAAAAUGCAAGAAAGAAUAAAAAAGAAAUGGGAGAUGAGUUUGUUUCUGUUGAACAUCUUGUUUUGGCAUUCCCUUCGGAUAAGAGGUUUGGAAAGCAAUUGUUCAGCAACUUGCAGUUAAGUGAGAAGUCAUUAAAGGAUGCUGUGCAAGCUGUUCGUGGAAGUCAGAAAGUAACUGAUCAAAAUCCUGAAGGGAAAUACGAGGCACUUGAAAAAUAUGGGAAUGAUUUGACUGAACUUGCUAGAAGGGGUAAGCUGGAUCCAGUAAUAGGCCGGGAUGAUGAAAUCCGGAGGUGCAUCCAGAUAUUGUCUAGAAGAACAAAAAACAACCCGGUUAUCAUUGGUGAGCCUGGUGUAGGGAAAACUGCUAUUGCUGAAGGGUUAGCUCAAAGAAUUGUACGUGGAGAUGUUCCAGAGCCUCUCAAGAAUCGUAAGCUGAUAUCUCUGGACAUGGGUUCCUUGCUUGCUGGUGCUAAGUACAGAGGAGAUUUUGAGGAGCGGCUUAAAGCUGUUUUGAAGGAGGUCACUGCUUCAAAUGGACAAAUUGUUUUAUUCAUUGAUGAGAUCCACACUGUAGUUGGUGCAGGAGCUGCUGGUGGAGCAAUGGAUGCUGGGAAUUUAUUGAAACCAAUGCUUGGGCGAGGUGAGCUUCGAUGUAUUGGAGCCACAACAUUAAAUGAAUACCGAAAGUACAUUGAAAAGGACCCUGCUUUGGAACGAAGAUUCCAACAAGUAUUCUGUGAUCAACCAUCUGUUGAAGACACAAUUUCCAUUCUUCGUGGGCUCCGCGAGCGAUAUGAACUUCAUCACGGGGUCAAAAUAUCCGAUGGUGCUUUAGUUUCAGCAGCUGUUCUUGCUGAUCGAUACAUCACAGAACGCUUUUUGCCCGACAAAGCAAUUGAUCUGGUUGAUGAAUCUGCUGCAAAAUUAAAAAUGGAGAUUACAUCUAAACCGACCGAGUUAGACGAGAUAGAUCGAGCUGUCUUGAAGCUCGAGAUGGAGAGACUCUCUUUAAAAAACGACACGGAUAAAGCAUCAAAAGAAAGGUUGUCCAAAUUAGAUUCUGAUUUGGAAACUUUAAAACAGAAACAGAAAGAGUUUAAUGAACAAUGGGAACGCGAAAAGUUACUGAUAACCCGCAUACGCUCAAUCAAGGAAGAGAUUGAUAGGGUGAACCAAGAAAUGGAAGCUGCUGAGCGUGAUUAUGAUCUAAACCGUGCUGCGGAACUCAAAUACGGGACAUUGAUGACACUUCAGCGCCAGCUAAGCGAAGCGGAGAAGAAUCUUUCCGACUACCAGCACUCGGGGAAAUCAUUACUCCGUGAAGAAGUAACCGAUAUCGACAUUGCUGAAAUUGUAAGCAAAUGGACGGGAAUACCCUUAUCAAAUCUUCAACAAUCCGAGAGAGACAAACUCGUAUCCUUAGAACACGUUCUCCACAAACGAGUUGUCGGGCAGGACAUGGCGGUGAAAUCGGUUGCAGACGCGAUACGUCGGUCGCGUGCAGGACUCUCGGAUCCAAACAAACCGAUAGCAAGCUUCAUGUUCAUGGGCCCCACCGGUGUCGGGAAAACCGAACUUGCGAAAGCUCUUGCUAGUUAUCUUUUUAAUACCGAAAACGCCCUUGUGAGAAUUGAUAUGUCUGAGUACAUGGAGAAACACGCGGUGUCACGGUUGGUGGGUGCACCGCCGGGGUACGUGGGUUAUGAAGAAGGCGGUCAGCUUACGGAAACGGUCCGUAGAAGGCCGUAUUCGGUGGUUCUUUUUGAUGAGAUUGAGAAAGCGCACCAUGAUGUGUUUAAUAUCUUGUUACAGUUGUUGGAUGAUGGAAGAAUAACGGAUUCUCAAGGGCGUACUGUUAGUUUUACAAAUGCGGUUGUUAUAAUGACAUCUAACAUCGGGUCCCACUAUAUACUGGAAACGCUUCAAACUACACAUGAUAGUAAGGAUGCGGUUUAUGAAUUAAUGAAACGACAAGUGGUUGAGUUGGCUAGGCAGACUUUUCGCCCUGAGUUUAUGAAUCGGAUUGAUGAGUAUAUUGUUUUCCAACCACUUGAUGCCACACAAAUCAGACAUAUAGUCCAGAUCCAGUUGAAUCGGGUGAAAGAUAGGUUGAAACAGAAGAAAAUCGAUCUUCAUUACACAGAGGAAGCUACAGAUAUUCUUGGGAAACUUGGGUUUGAUCCUAACUUUGGAGCACGACCAGUGAAGAGAGUGAUACAACAAAUGGUGGAGAAUGAAAUCUCGAUGGGGAUAUUGAGAGGGGAUUUUAAUGAAGAUGAUACUAUAAUUCUAGAAGCAUCCACAUCGGGUAAAGAUGGUUUGCGUAUUAGGAAACUGGAGAGCCAAUCAGGAGUCGAUGAAAUGGUUGCCAGUAACUAAUAUGCCACGUGAUAGAAACCAAGAAAAUGUAGCAUUAGAAAAAGGGGUUAAUACAAGAAAGCUCUUAACUUUUUUAUCUAGAAGUGUAUUUUUUUUUCUUCUAAUUAAACCCUCAACUCUAAGGGGCUGCUUGUUGAUUUGGCGUUUUUAGCGAGAAAGUCCUAAUAUUUUCGGAAAAGUUUCAUUUUAGUCCCACAAAAAAAUUUGACCGGAAAACUCCCGAUUAUUUGAUUUUACACGAU